CGACCGGAGAGUGCGCGGAGGGGGGUGCCGAGGCAUCAGAAGCGACGACGAAGACAAUCUCGACAACUACAUUGGCCAAACCAUCCCCUCGGAUCCCUCCGCCACCUUCUCGGCACUUGCGAUCAACGACCGGGGUGAUUAUGCAGAGAGACCGGAUCACCCGGCCAUGCCGCCGCGGUUCGAUAGUCUGCUGGAUGGGUCGCAGGGGUUGGGGCGUGAUGAUGAUGGCGAUGAGGAUGAUGAUGAGCGUGAUGGAAGCCGCCUCAUGUUCACCGAAAGCACCUCACCACCCAAACGGCUCCCCGCGGCCAAAACCCGCGAGUCGACGACACUGGACGCGGAGUUGCAAGAGUUGUUCACCUACAUCGACGCAUACCAGCCCCAGGACGUCGACAUUGUGCAGGAACUCAAAUGCUUCAUGCCGGAGUAUGUCCCGUGUAUUGGCGAUAUCGAUCCGAUGAUCAAGGUGGACCCCCCUCCCUCGACAUUCCAGCCCCCCUCCCUCGGCAUCACGACCCUCGACGAACCGACGCCCGACCAAUCCGACCCCGCCGUCCUCGACCUGCAUCUCCGCGCGCACCACAAAUCCCUCCUCCCCAACACAUCCACGCCCCUCACCCCGACCAAGAUCCGCGCCAUCGCCGUCUCCCCCUCGGACGCACCCCAGGCAACGAAACAGCUGAACCAGUGGAUCGGCGCAAUCACCACCCUGCAUGCACACACGCCACCCGUCAGCGUGGCGUACACGCACCCGCAGCCGGAUCUGGACGCGUUGAUGCAGGCGUGGCCGGCGGAGAUGGAGGGCGCGUUUGCGGCUGCGGAAGGGGUGCCGGAUCCCGCGGUCGAGAUGGACGUAAGGAUGUAUGCGAGGUUGGUGUGCGGGCUGGUCGAUGUGCCGGUGUAUCUGGGGGGUGCGGGCGAGACCGGGAAGAUGCGAGGGAAGGGGAAGAGGGCGCAUGUGGAGGCGCUGCAUGUGUUGUUUGAGCUGUAUCGGGAGUUUAGGGAUUCGCAGCAUUUCGGACAUCGGGAGGCCGCUGCGCCGACCAUGAGCGCGGUCGGGUUGCCGCCGGCGGAGGGCGGGAAGGGAGGUGCGCAAUAGCGGCAAGAUUGAUUUUUAUUUUUUUUUUGGGAAAGGGAGGGUGAAGAGACGUCUUUUUUGGAAGGCUUUUGUAUACAC